AUGAUGCUGACUUUUAUGCCUUAUCAAUUUCAUUUGGAUAGUCCUACACCCCUUCUUGAUACAUCUUCAUUAUCAAAUAGUCGAUCAUUGAACAAUACUAUAAUCCCUCGAAUCGCAGGUCAAAGCGGAGUAUCAUCUUCACCUGCUAGAAAUCGUCCAAUUCACCAUUCUAGACCAUCAAACAAUACCCAUUCACGUAGAUCAUCGUUGACUACUCUUACACCUGUUUCUUUACGUCAAAGAAUACGUACACAAGCAUUAUCAUCACCUCGACUUCCAGGACUAGGGGAACCCCGACUCCGAUACUGCUUCAUAUCAAGUAGAUACAAAUAA